AUGAGUGAAGGUGAAUUAAGAGUUCUACUCAAUAAACAUAAACAAAUGUUAAAUAAUACACGAUUAAUUAAUGCUUUACCUGAUAAAGGUGAACGUUUACGUAAUGCAAUAAAUGAAAUUGAAAAUUAUCUUGUAAGACCAUCAUCACCUAUGGAUUGUGAUAUUUUAACAAACCAGUUUCAAGAAAUGACAGUAUCAUCAAAUGACAUCGAAGAAAUAUCUCAAGAAAAUGUUUAUCUUGAAAAACCUGUACAAAAUUUGAAUAAAAAAGAAUUUAAUAAUAAUUUUUCUGAUGAACGUUUAAAUGAAGUUAAACAACGUUUAAAAGCUCGACAAGCUCAACGUAAUAGUAAACAAACAAUAACAAAAGCAAAACUUAUUUCCUUAGAUGAAGCUGUUCGAUUAUAUACUGAAGAAAAGAUACACACAGAAGAAAAUUUAAUUCAACAAACAACAGCACGAUUACUCGGUAAUAUGUCGUUAACAAGAACAACAUUUGGUCCUCCGCCUACGACAUCUAAAAAUGAUUCCACAUAUCGUAAAACAAAGAAUGAAAGUGAUGAUGAAGAUAAUCAUGGAGAUGAGCUUGGUCGAGAAAAAGCAGGAAUUGAUUCUGAUCAUGAUAGUGAUGAAAUCGAUUAUCCCGAUGAAGAAGUAGAAAAUGAUAAUAAUUGA